AUGUAUGGGACUGACAGAAAGUUUCUAGUGAUAAGAACUCAGUUUGGAGUUAGUUUGGCUGGAACUGUCAGAGAGUUAUCAGUAAGAGAUAACAGGAAAGGGGAGGAUGGUCCAUCAUACGGGCAUACAUUCGUUGUCGUCAUAGUGGUGACGUCAUCGGAGCGUCCGCUCGUCCGACGUCUCCGACGUUCGAUCGGAGACUGA